AUGGCAAACGAAGACGAGGGUAAGCUGGUUCUCUACGAGACAUGCGACCAAGGCAUUACGACAAUCACCAUCAACCGUCCCCAUGUUCGCAAUGCGGUAAAUCGCGCCACAGCUCUCAAGCUAGCUGAGGCAUUUCAGGCGUUUGAAAAUGACUCCUCACAAAAGGUGUGCAUAUUCACCGGCGCAGGGGACACCUUUUGCGCCGGGUACGACUUACACGAGGUAGCCGCCUCGUCAAUGGCGACGGCAAGCUCGAAGCGACGACCCGAGCGGGAGCACAAACGCGACCAGGCAAAGAGUCCAAAGAGUACAAAGGCAGAGAAGGCAGAGGAGGCAGAGAGGAAGCCCUUGUCGCCCGCGCAACCCGUAGACAAGGUCAACGGCGCCCUGGGGCCCAUGGGACCGUCCCGAAUGACAUUCACCAAACCCAUCAUUGCGGCCGUUUCCGGAUACGCUGUGGCCGGGGGCCUCGAACUGUCUCUGCUGGCCGACAUUCGCGUCGCAGAGAGCAAUGCCGUCUUUGGCGUCUUCUGCCGUCGCUUUGGCGUCCCACUCAUUGAUGGGGGCACGGUCCGGCUCCAGAGGGUCGUUGGGCUUGGCAGGGCCAUGGACAUGAUUCUCACUGGACGCGCCGUCAAGGCAGACGAGGCUCUGGCAUUCGGCCUGGUGAACAGAGUCGUCGUGGGCAAGGGGGAGGCUGUCAGAGAAGCGAGGAGGCUGGCUGAGAUGCUGCUCGCGUUCCCGCAGAGGUGUAUGAGGGCCGACUUGGUUUCCGCACACCACGCUGCGUACGACGCCAAGAGCCUGGAGGACGCAUUGAGGUUCGAGUUUGAAGGGGGCGAGGGCGUUAUUCAGCACGAGAGCCUUGCCGGAGCCAAGAGGUUUGAUGGCGGUAUCGGCAGAGGCGGCAAGUUUGAUAUUGCUGCUCCUGGUGAUGAUCCGGGGACUCUUGGUCGUCGUGCUGGUGCUGCUCCUGCUGCCGGUAUUGGGGGGCGUGAUGAAACGAAACGGAGCAAAUUGUAA